UUUGACAGUGCAAGUGUGUGUGCCUCACAAAAAAAAACCUAAUCGAUUGCAAUGGCUAAAUCACAUAAGAAUCAAAACGGUUCAAAGAAACUCAACCAAAAGGGGAAAUCAAAAGCUGGCGUGUCCAAGGCUCCUAAGAAUGGCAAGCCAGGCAAAGUCAUGAAAAAGGAAAAGCCCUCUGUGACAAAACCUGCCGGUAAAGGAUCGUCAAGCAAAAAAGCAGAGAAAAAAAGUGACAAUACCAAAAUGUCGGUUGAGGACUUUUUCGCGGGCGGUUUCGAUGCUAGCGGUUCGGACGAUGAUCUCGACAAGGAACUUGAAGCUAUGGAGAAAGUUGAAGACGACGCUGUAGUUGACGAUUCCGACGACGACGACGACGACGAAGAAGACAUGGUCGAAGAUUUGGUCAUGUCAGAAAACUUGGUUAACGACAAAGAAGACGUAUCGGAUGCGAUCGACGAGGACGAAGACGAUGAUGAAAACCAGGACGAUUUAGAAGCUAGCGAUGACGCCAAACAAUCAUCAGAAGACGACGACGAUUCUAGCGAUGAAGAAAACGGUAACGACGACAAAGAUGAUGAUGAUGAGGACAUCGAUAACAGCAAAAAGCUCAACAAAGAUAUCAAGCGACACAAGAAAGAGCUCGAGCAAUUGAAGAAGCAAGAUCCAGAAUUCUUCAAGUAUCUUCAAAAAGAGGAAAAUGCCCUGUUGGAAUUCGACGAAUCAGAAAAGGAAGACGAUGAAGAUGAAGAUGAGAAUGAAGGAAGUGAUGAGGAACUGGGUAGCGAGGAUCUCGACGGAAUGGAUGUCGAUAUGGACGACGAGAAUUUAGAGCAAGAGAGCGACAGCGAAGCAGAAAUGGAUGGCGACGAGGAUGAUGAAAGCGGAUUGGAAGUCCUGACCAAGAGCAUGUUGAAUGAAUGGAUCGAAGAAGUCGAAACAAAGCAGAGCGUCAAUGCUAUGAAGAAGCUUUUGGUUGCAUUCAAGUCUGCUGCUAGAAUGUCGGACGAAGAAAAGCUUGAACGCGUCAGCUUGGUGUAUCGCAUUGUUAAUCCCAAUGUGUUCAAUCAGCUCGUUGUUGCUACAAUGCGAAACGCUCCAAUUAUUUUCAACCGUGUUUUCAAGUGCGGUCAAGGAAACAAGUCUCCAGCUACAGCUACUCGCUGGCAAUACCAUCAGGGCAUGGUGAAGUUAUAUUUAUCCAAUUUGAUCCACUUGAUGUCUGGUCUUACCGAUUCAGAUAUGCUGUAUGUCGCUGUACGGGAGGCAGAAAAGUGCUCAGCUUAUUGGGCGUGCUAUGAUAAAUAUGCCAAGGAAUAUCUCAAGAUUCUUUUGAACAUGUGGUCUAAUUUCACAUCGUCUGAUAAUGUCCGUAUCCAAAGUUUCUUGGCAAUCCGAUCGCUCACUACUGCACCUGUUCCCAAAGCAACAAAGCAGUCUACAUACUUGGAUUUGGCCCUCAAAAACAUCUAUCUGACCUUUGUGCGUAACUGCAAAAACACAAAUGCUCACACUUUACCUGCCAUCAAUUUGAUGCGGAAUCUGGCCGUCCAGCUUUAUGGAAUCGAUCAAGAAUUGAGCUAUCAACAAGCAUUCGUAUAUAUCCGUCAGCUCGCAAUCACUUUACGAAACGCUAUGCAGACCAAAACAAAGGAAAGUUACACGUCUGUUUACAACUGGCAAUUUAUCCACUGUAUCGAUUUCUGGGCAAAUGUACUAGCUGCAAAUUGCCAAGAUGAAUCGUCUGAAUUACGGCCUUUGAUCUACCCAUUGGCGCAGGUUGCUCUCGGUACCAUCAAAUUGGUCCCCGAUGCCCAAUAUUAUCCUCUUCGUUUCCACGUGUUGCGAUCUAUGACAACCUUGGGUGUUUCCACAAAGGUGUUUAUCCCCUUGGCACCAUACAUGUUUGAGCUGUUCGAGAGCCCGGCAUUGACAAAACAAGCAAAGCCUUCUACUCUCAAACCAUUGCAAUGGGAUAUUCAUUUAAAAACACCUCAAAACUAUCUCCGUGGCCGUGUCUUCCAGGAUGGCGUUCUGGAGCAGCUGAAUGAAUGCAUUUUGAACUACUAUAAGGGUUACUUUUACCAUAUCGCUUAUCCCGAAAUGGUUAUACCUGGCAUUGUUGCGAUCAAACGUUUCCUCAAAAAAUCCAAACCAUCGAAACAAUCCAAAAAGCUUCAUGAUCUGGCAUCCAAGCUCGAUAUUAAAUCCAAAUACAUCUUGACGCAACGUUCCAAGAUUGACUUUAGUCCUACUGAUCAGGUAGACGUGGACAAGUUUAUCAAAGAAAUGCAGCAAAAACUAUUAUAAUUUCUUAAAAGACUAUCACAAAAGACAUUCAUAUCAUUCAUUUUGCAAUUCACAUCAUCUUCUACAACUGUAAAAUAAAAGAAAGCCACCUAUUAACCAGUAAUUUUAAACUACUUGAUAUUGGUACAUGCGUGCAAGGG